UCCGCCAAGCACCCGACCAGACAUGUUCCCCCGCUCGUCUCAAUUCGCCAUCAUGUAUAUAGGGCCUGACCUCUUCUCCUCUUCCUACCGGGGCCAGUCUGCGCAUCCGUUGUCAUCCCUCGAGCCUCCCUAGUCUUGCCAAUUGCGUCACUCUCUUGCGCCCGACGUCAUUCACCAUUUUUGCUCCCGAAUCCUCUUACUGCGCGGGGUCGACUACCAACAGACACCGUGCCAGCCGCUGGAUCGCGCUGCCUUGGCUUGACCUCAUCUCCGCCGGGCUUGCUGUGUAUAGCCGCUGGACUGCGGGGUUGGGGCGAAGUCUGUCAAAAUGAGUUUGGCAGAGCGAUUGUCGACUAUGGAGGAGUAUGAGCCGUGGAGCAGAGAACAGAGCCCCGACAGCAGACAUCGGAAGAUGAGCUUUAAUCCUGUGGGCAGCUGGGUGCCGCCAACUGCGCAUGAGGAGCCCGUUGGCGCUUUUGAGGUCCCCAAGUGGAAGAGAGUGUUACAGGUCUUCUUCGCUGUUAUUUAUUGCCUUUUCGCCGCCGGUGUCGUUUUCGGAUACGCCGCAAUAAAGCCUGUUCUCAUCGAGGAGGAGGUUUAUAGGGAUUAUUGCACCAAGCAGGAGCUGGAGGACAAUGUGCCCGUGUGCUACGCCCAGGAGUUGCGGCUCAACUUGAUGUUCACCGUUGCUGCCGUAUCCACCAACGUCGUCGCCCUCCCCGUCGGCACAAUCCUCGAUCGCUAUGGGCCCCGAGUGAGUGGGAUAAUAGGAGCCGUCUUCAUCGCAAUCGGGUCACUGCUCUUCGCCUUCGCGUGGCAUCUCCCCUUCGAUGGCUACAUUCCCGGCUAUCUUUUCCUUGCCCUGGGGGGUCCCUUCAUUUUCAUCUCGUCCUUCCAACUCAGCAACACGUUCCCACAAUACUCGGGACUAAUCCUCGCGCUCCUGACCGGGGCCUUCGAUACUUCGAGCGCUAUAUUCCUCUUCUACAGGCUGAUAUACCAGGCUUCUUGUGGCUCUUUCUGGCCCAAGAAGUUCUUUCUCUGCUACCUCAUUGUCCCGGCUUUUAUUCUCGUCGUCCAAAUAUCUGUCAUGCCGGCAACUUCCUACAAAACCGUGGGAGAGCUCGUUACCCAAGCCGAGGACAACACAAACGAUACUCACGACUCCGACAACGAGAUCGAAGACCAGGAGACCGUCCGCCGGCUGCGAGAAGCACGGCGCGUACACCGUGAGAGCGUCGUAAGCGAGAUCACAGAGUUGCUCGGCAGUAAAGAUGCAACAGAGCAGACCAAGAAGGAAGAAAAGAAGAAGAAUAUAUCUGGCGUAUGGGGGGCGCUCCAUGGCCGUUCUGCCUCGGAACAAGUCCGCUCCGCCUGGUUCAUCCUGAUCGCCCUCUUCACCGUCCUUCAGAUGACCAGGAUCAACUACUUCGUGGCAACCAUUCGCGCGCAGUACGCCUACAUGUUUGGCGAUUACUCCAAGGCUGUGGAAAUUAAUAACUUCUUUGAUGUUGCGCUCCCUCUUGGGGGUGUGAUCUCCGUUCCGUUUAUAGGUAUCAUUCUUGAUAACACGAGCACUCCCUUCUGUCUCGGGCUGCUCGUUAUGAUCGCCACUUCCAUUGGCAUCCUGGGUGUCAUCCCUCAAACCUGGGCCGCGUACGCAAACGUUUGUCUAUUCGUCCUCUACCGCCCUCUCUACUACACCACUGUCUCCGACUACUCCGCCAAAGUCUUCGGCUUCGCCACCUUUGGCAAAGUCUACGGCCUGAUCAUCUGCCUAGCCGGCCUCUUCAACUUCUCACAAUCCGCCCUCGACGCCCUCACUCAUAAAGGCUUCCACAACAACCCCGUCCCCGUCAACAUCAUGCUACUUGCUGUAGCGUUGUUUAUUGGUAUUGCCCUCGUGGGAUAUGUGUAUCGGAAGAGUUGGAAGAUUAAUAGGGAGAAUAUUGAAGAGGAGGCAGAGAGCGCUAGUGAGACGCUUAUGCCUGGCGCGAACGGGGUUAGAGGGAGGGAUUAUGGGACGUUGGCGAAUGGGGUUGGGAAUUCCAAUGGGAGUGUGAAUGGGAGUGGGGAUGUGGAUGGGGAUGUGGAUGAGGGGGAAGGGGAUGGGGAUGGGGAGCAGAGGGGAAGAAGGCAUAACAUGACGAGGGCGUAUUGA